CGGGCUGGACAAGCCGAAUAUGCUCCCAGCUACGAUUUGGAUUCUUUCUCCUCAAAGAUAGCAAAAAAUCGAAAAUUCUGUCUCCACCCUCCAAAUUCCUUCACAUUUCACAACAUUUCGAUCAGCUUCACUGCCUUAAUUUACUGUUUCUGGAGAUUUCCACUGACCAAUUUUGGUUCAAGAGCAGUAAUAUUGUGAGUAACGCGUUGAUAUGGCGCAUGUUCUUUCAACUUCAUGCUGUUUAAAGCUCUCCUCCAGCAAAAAAUCUCACUUCAAACCAUCAAAUGAGAAUUUAACCUUCUUUUCUAUGUCAUUUUCGAAAAUGUGUAAAUUACCAAUGCCAAGGCUUGUCCGGCAAGAAAAGAGACUGCCAAGAAAUUGUGUUGUCCGAGCAACCGCAGUUCCAGCAAGCCAGGAAGCCCCCACUCAACUGAGCUCUGGAUCUCUUGAUGCCUCAAGUGGAUCGUCCAGGACGCAACGGGUAAUGGUCAUUGGUGGAGAUGGUUACUGUGGUUGGGCUACUGCGCUCCACCUGUCUAAGAAAGGAUAUGAGGUUGCGAUCGUCGAUAGCCUUGUCCGUCGUCUCUUUGACCAUCAACUUGGUCUUGACUCAUUGACUCCCAUAUCCUCCAUCCACAAUCGCAUUCGCUGCUGGAAAUCUUUAACUGGGAAGACUAUUGAACUCUUCAUUGGUGAUAUUUGUGACUUUGAGUUCUUAUCAGAUGCCUUCAAGUCAUUUGAGCCCGAUGCUGUUGUCCAUUUCGGUGAGCAACGUUCUGCUCCAUAUUCAAUGAUUGAUCGAUCAAGAGCUGUAUUUACUCAGCACAACAAUGUGAUUGGAACUCUCAAUGUGCUUUUUGCUAUUAAGGAGUUUAGAGAAGAGUGUCAUUUGGUGAAGCUGGGGACUAUGGGAGAAUAUGGGACUCCAAAUAUUGACAUUGAAGAAGGCUACAUUACUAUUACUCACAAUGGAAGAACAGAUACUUUACCUUACCCCAAACAAGCAAGUUCUUUCUAUCAUUUAAGUAAGGUUCAUGAUUCACACAAUAUAGCAUUUACUUGCAAGGCUUGGGGGAUUAGAGCUACGGAUUUAAAUCAAGGAGUUGUUUACGGAUUACGGACCGAUGAGACAGAAAUGCAUGAAGAGCUGUUUAAUAGGUUCGAUUAUGAUGGAGUCUUUGGGACUGCAUUGAAUCGUUUCUGCGUACAGGCUGCUGUUGGUCAUCCUCUCACUGUGUAUGGCAAAGGUGGUCAGACCCGGGGAUACCUCGACAUAAGAGAUACAGUGCAGUGUGUAGAACUUGCCAUUGCAAAUCCAGCACAGCCUGGGGAGUUUCGCGUCUUCAAUCAAUUCACAGAACAGUUUUCUGUCAAUGAACUCGCGUCUCUCGUUACCAAAGCAGGAGAGAAGCUUGGGCUAAAUGUGCAGACCACAACUGUGCCAAAUCCAAGGGUAGAAGCAGAGGAACAUUACUACAAUGCCAAGCACACCAAACUCAUAGAGUUGGGUCUAAAACCACACCUUCUAUCAGAUUCCCUACUUGAUUCGUUGCUCAACUUCGCAAUUAAGUUUAAGGAUCGAGUCGACACCAAACAAAUAAUGCCGAGUGUUUCAUGGCGAAAAAUAGGAGUCAAGCCGAGGACUAUUGCUGCCUAGUCAAGUACUUAAUUUGAUAUGUAGCAGCCAGAUCUUGCAGGUUCCCACAAACUGAGAUGUUGUGGCGCUCAUCUUUUUGUAGGCAGUAUGUAAAUCUGAAUCAAAUCUGAAUCAAAGUUUCCCACAAGUAUUAUCAUAAUGCCUUACUGAUUUGAGGGUGAACAAUUCUAUGUAUGAGUAAAGUUAUAUACGUCGAUAUUUCUUCUAA